AUGUCAAUGCCGUUCGGACAAUGUCUUCUUGCAUUAUACAAGCAAUGCAAACAAUUCAUCAUCGAUUUAAACUUAUAUCACUCUGCACGAAACCCAGCAACAAAUCCAUAUGAUAUGUACACAAAAAUUCUCUCGACUCGUGUAUAUAUAACUCUUCUUCUUAUAUCUAUUUUCAUCUAUACCUUUUGUCUGUCUCAAAUUACCAUAACAAACACAAUCAACAUUGAACACCCUACCUAUGAUCAAUACUUAAGUUUAUAUAAAACUUACUAUCAAACAUUAUCAUGUCCAUGCUCGACUCUUUCUGUUCGUUAUGACCAAUUCAUUCGUAUCAAUGUUUCAUUCCAUCCAGUAUGUGAUAGUUUGUAUGUAACAUUAGCUUGGCAGAACUAUAUCGAUUCAUCGAUUCAUUUACAAAAUCCAUCGCCCUAUUCUCCAUCUACAAUUUCCCAUUCGUUCCAAGCUCUUGCUAAUCUAUGUAAUUUAGCUAAAAUGAUGCUAAUGACUGGUCUAACUGAUUUUAACGGUAAACACUUCAUUACUGGCAAACUUUUAUCACCGGAUGCACUUUUACAGGAAAGUAAUGAAGCACUUCGAUCUUUUUUAUAUGGCAUAACCACGUCAUUUAUUCGUUCGAUUAGCAUGAUGCAAGAUGUUACAUAUGCUAAUGGAAUUGGUUCUGGUUUGUUAACUAUGCAUGCACUUGUAGUCGAGAAAUAUACCGUAAAUAAUGAAUCACAGUAUAAAGUACAACAUAUAUGGAAAAGAUAUUUAUCUGAUUCAGAAAACUGUUCAUGUUAUACUACAAAGCUGUGCACCCAAAAGACUUACAUUGAUGGUAAACAAUUAUUCCAUAUAUCAGGUAUUCUGUCAGGUUGUUCUAUUGUCGAAGCACUUUUGCAGUCUAAUCUUGCUUGUCUUUACAACCAAUCCUGUAUUAAUUAUGUUCAAUAUGCUCUUAAUUCAUCUCUGACUAUGAACGNUCUAUAG